CAGAGGAAGACGACGAUGUUGAACUUCAUUGGAACCCCUCAUUGGAUGUCUCCAGAAGUUAUUCAGGAAAGUCGCUAUGAUGGAAAGGUAGAUGUUUGGGCUCUUGGUGUGUCUGCGAUUGAAAUGGCUGAGGGAGUUCCUCCAAGAUCAUCAGUGCAUCCGAUGAGGGUUUUAUUCAUGAUAUCCAUUGAGCCAGCUCCAAUGCUUGAGGAUAAAGAAAAAUGGUUUGUUUCUUUACUAUAAUAUCCUAGAUAUACUUUCUGCUAUUAGUGAAGCAGUAAACUAGAACAGUUACUUGUUGGUUGUGUAUUGAUUUAGAAUGCUAUCUUUUGUUUUGAUAGUAAUAUUGAUCUUGAAUUUUCUUUUCUAUGUGCCAUAUUAAUAUGUUGUGCUUCUGUUGUCUUUUAUAAAUCACCACUAAGUUGCUGCAAAACUUUUGCCCUUGUAGUCUGUACUCUCUGUUGAACAAGCUUAUUUUACUAAUAUAAAAUUUGAGGGGAAAGAAGUGAGAGCGUGUAAGGAUUGAUUGAUUAAGAUGCCAUUAAACUUUGAUCACCUAAAAUGAGGAUGUAUUAAACUUAAAGUUUAUGUAGUCAAC